AGAUGGCCCGUACCAAGCAAACUGCUCGUAAGUCCACUGGAGGAAAGGCUCCUAGGAAGCAACUUGCCACUAAGGCUGCACGGAAGUCUGCCCCAACCACUGGAGGAGUUAAGAAGCCUCAUCGUUACAGGCCUGGAACUGUUGCUCUGCGUGAAAUCCGCAAAUACCAAAAGAGCACUGAGCUCCUGAUCAGGAAACUGCCUUUCCAGAGGCUUGUUCGUGAAAUUGCCCAGGACUUCAAGACUGAUCUCCGUUUUCAGAGCCAUGCUGUUUUGGCACUCCAGGAGGCUGCCGAGGCUUAUCUUGUUGGUCUGUUUGAGGACACCAACUUGUGUGCCAUCCAUGCCAAGCGUGUUACCAUAAUGCCUAAAGAUAUCCAGCUGGCUCGCAGGAUUAGGGGCGAGCGUGCUUAAACGUGCCUCGUGGUUGUUUUGGGAUCUUAUAUGAUGAAGUUCAGUAUGCUGUAGGUAUUGAAACUCAAGUCCUAGUCCUUUGAUUUUCAGACUCUUUUGGUUUGUCAUCAUGUUUUGGGAUUUACUGGUAAUCUUUUGGAUGGCUUUUCACCUUUUGUAUGUUGUCUUUGUGAAUGCUUCCUCAAGUUUCUGUUUGAAGAUGGUUAACAGAAUUCUGGUUUGAUUCUAGUUGUUAGUUUGAUUUGGUUAUAGUUAUAUUGUUCUAUUGCUUCUUUUACUUUAGUAGGCACAUGUUUUAUAUCUGUUUUUCUCAGUCUGAACUACAUUUUACUUGAUUUUAGCUCGUCUUUUCUAUUGUAGACUGAUACCUGGUUUUGUUUAGUAUUUAAGGAGUUUGGUG